CUCCUGGUCAUCACUCCAGUCUGCACAGAAGUCAUGUCCAUGUCUUCUCAGAGUAAAGCUCUAAAAACCACUGAGGAAUUGGCUCUUCAGACACUCCUACUUUUUCAGGUAGGGACUGGGACUCUGGCCAACAUUUUUCUGUUUGUCCACAAUUUCUCUCCCAUAUUUACUGGUUCUCAACUGAGGCCCACUCAGGUCAUUGUCAGCAACUUGGCUUUGGCCAAUGCCUUCCUUCUCCUUAACUCUGCAUUUCCAAACAGGAUGAUGAUUUUUGUUCCCAGGAGUCCUCCAACUAACCUGCAAUGCAAAAUUCAGUUCUUCAUUAGUCUGAUGGCUCGAAGCACAAACAUGUGCUCCACCUGUGCCCUGAGCAUUCAUCAGUUUAUCACUCUUGUUCCUGGUCACUGGGGUAAGCUGAUGCUCCCAGGAAGAACCCCUGAUGUCCUGAGUUAUUCUUGUUACAGUUGUUGGUUGUUGAGUGUCUUAUAUAAUGUCUACAUUCCAAUGAAAGUCAGUGGUCCACAGAGCACAGACAAUGACACCAACAAUAACAGCAAGUGGGUCUGCUCCACAUCUGGAUUCAGUGUACUCAUGACUCUCUUGCAUUUUGGCCAUGAUGCCACAUUUAUCAGCAUCAUGGCCUGGACCAGUGUUUCCAUGGUGCUUCUCCUCCAUAGACAUCACCAGCGAACACAGCACAUCCUCACUCCCAAACAGAACCAGAGAGGCCAUGCUGAGACCAGAGCAGCCCAAACUGUCUUGAUGCUGGUGGUCACAUUUGUUGGUUUGUACCUCUUAAAUUUUAUUUGUAUAAUCUUUCACACUUUUUUAACAGACUAUCGUGUCUGGUUGAGGCAUGUAAAUGAAGUUUUGACUGCAGCCUUCCCCACUGUUUCUCCCUUCCUGCUGAUCUUUAGGGAUCCUAAGGAUCCCUGUUCUGUGCUCUUCAACUGCUGA